AUGGAGUUGGACGGCCUGGUGGGCAGCAACGGGGCUGCCUACCGGCCACGGGAAUACCAGUUGGAGAUGUUGGAGGCGAGUCGCAAGCAGAAUAUUAUUGUUGCGAUGGACACGGGGAGUGGGAAGACCCAUAUUGCGGUGCUACGGAUUAUCGCAGAGCUCGAGACAUGCUCACCAGACAAGCUGGUUUGGUUUCUGGCACCUACAGUGGCAUUGUGUCUCCAGCAGCAUGAAGUCAUCGCUUCCCAAAUCCCCUCUGUCAAAACUCGGGUCUUGACUGGCCUUGACAAUGUGGAUCGGUGGACAGAACAGGCUGUCUGGAAUGAAGCACUCAAAGAUGUCCGCGUGGUGGUGUCAACGCAUGCUGUCCUCUCAGAUGCUUUGUGCCAUGGUUUUGUCCUAAUGUCUUUAUUAGCUCUCAUUAUUUUUGAUGAAGCGCAUCAUUGCACUAGGGGCCACCCAGCAAAUAAAAUCAUGAAGAACCAUUACCACCCGGCCCGUCGAGAUUUCGGUCCUCAUGUUGUACCCCGGAUUCUGGGUCUCACAGCCAGCCCGAUCGUUAGGUCCAGCGGGGAAGAACUUCAGGUUAUCGAAGCCAACUUGGACGCGGUAUGCAAGACACCGCGGGUUCACCGUACUGAGCUCCUCGAACAUACCCACCAGCCGCACCUGGAGCGUGUCGAGUAUUUGCCGUGUGGCAAAGAGGACUAUGGUCGUGGGAGCCGGCUGCUUCUCCUACUCACGGAAUGCGCAAAGGCGUAUGAAAUCAAAGAUGACCCCUAUGUCGAGAUGCUGCGCCGGAAUCCAGACAAAAAGGCGAAACUUGAUGAGACAUUAAGAACAGGCAAAACCUUCUGCAGCGCACAGCUCAAAAAAUUUGUGGAGCGAAGCUGCCACAUAUACGAUGAACUGGGAGGCUGGGCAGCGGACUAUUUCAUCGACGCCUCGAUUGACCAGCUGCGACGGUCGAUCCACGAUGCCAGCUCACUAGAUGAGCUGGACCGGAUGGAAAAGGUCUAUCUGCUGGAGCUUCUCUUUUCUAUUAAUGCGCCCAAUGAUGUCCCCGAGAGUUCCCACACCUCCCCCAAGCUCCAGACGUUGCUCGAAUUCCAGGGGAGGAUGGACAGUCCCGAAUUCUCCGGUCUGAUAUUCGCAAAGCAGAGAGUAACGGUCAGCAUGCUGGCCCGGAUACUGUCGAUGCACCCUGCAACAAAAGACCGCUUCCAGUGUGCUGCAUUUGUUGGUUGGUCAGGAGCCGGCAAUCGUCGAGAAUGGCUUGGCGAAAUCCUUAGUCGGGAUAUGCAGCGUGACACCCUCUCUGAGUUCAAAGCCGGCAAAAAGAACCUCAUCGUAGCGACGGAUGCAUUGGAAGAAGGCAUUGAUGUCAGUUCCUGCAGCCUGGUCAUCUGUUACAAUAAGCCAUCCAACCUCAAGUCCUUCGUGCAGCGGCGUGGUCGAGCUCGGCACAAGGAGUCGACAUAUGCUAUCAUGAUUUCUACUGAAGAUGACUCGCUUGACUUGUAUAAAUGGCAACAGUUGGAACAGGCCAUGGUCAAGGCAUAUCAAGAUGACCAAAGACAACAUCGCCAAGCCUGGGAAAUGGAAAGCAUCGACGAAGAGGUGGCUGAUCGAUUGUUUGUUCCAUCGACUAAUGCUCUUUUGACAGCCGAAGAGGCAAUGCAGCAUCUUCAUCAUUUUUGUGCCGUGUUGCCAUCCAAUGACUACACCGACAACCGGCCCAUGCUUUCUUUCGAAGAGGAUGCUGGCAGGCUGCUCAAAGGGACUGUAACACUGCCCAGUUGUGUACAUCCAGCAGUUCGCCGGACUCAGGGAGUGGGAUGGUGGCGAACGGAACGAGCAGCGAGGAAGGAGUCUGCAUUCCAGGCAUACAAGGCCCUUUGGAAAUACGGCUUGGUGAAUGACAAUCUUUUGCCUCUCACCAGUAAGCCGGAGCUGAGAUUCACCGAAGUGAAGGAAUUGCCCUCCAUCGUGGAGUCGUCAGAGCAAUACGAUCCCUAUGUCGAUUUGGCACAGGCUUGGGCCUCGUCCGAAUUGUACCAGACUUGCAUCAACGUGACCAGCAACGGAUCGGUCAAUGAAGAUUUGUCCAUUACUAUGGUCCUACCGAAGCAGAUUCCAAUGCCAGAGCCAAUGCCAUUUUAUUGGGACAGCGACUACACCUUUCUUGUGUCACUCACUCCCACGACACCCAUCCCGGGAGUCACAGCGGAAACAAUUCACCAGAUGAGGCGAAUUACAUCCAUGUACCUUCAAGCUCCGAGUUCGCGGCAGCGUGGUCCGGAGCAAGACUUUGUCGCACUCUUUGUCCCCAACAUUCCCCACGGAGAAUUGGAAGAAUGGUUCCUCCAAUACCAAGGCAGCGAGACAGCCAUGGACGUCUAUUCACGCGGCGAAGCAGGGUUUCCCAUAGGCAUCGUCCGCGACCAGUCACGGUUCUCCGAACCACGCACAUUCAAGAGAUGGAUUGUGCCCGGGGUAUCCUCGGCAGUAGAGCUGGAAUGCGAGUCCCUACUGCGUCGAAGGAAUCUUCUCCAGGUUCGAGCCUUGGCUGUAGCGGAGGAUGGAGAGGGUCCGACUCUCAAGGCGCACACCCUUCCUGCCGCAGCGUGUACCAUUGACAAGCUCCCCGCCCAAAAGGCAGUAUUCGGGCUUUUUAUCUCCGCGAUUCUUGAUCGACUAGAAGCCGCUAUGGUAGCGCACAAACUCAACGAUACAAUCCUCAAAGGUGUUGGGAUUCAAAAUCUCAGCCAUGUGUUGACUGCUAUCAGCACGCCCAUCGCGCAGGCGAGCACCAAUUACCAGCGAUAUGAAUUCUUUGGGGACUCGGUCUUAAAAUUCACCGUCUCGUGUCAACUCUUCUUCACAAGCCCCCAAUGGCACGAGGGCUAUCUCUCUGAGAGCCGUGACAAGGUCAUUCAGAACAACCGGCUCGCGCGGGCAGCCCUCGACACCGGGUUGGAUAGCUUCAUUCUGAUCCGCAGAUUCACACCGCGGAAAUGGGACGCUCCCCUCAUUUCACAAAAACUAACACCGACGUCCGCCAAGCGGCAGCUGUCAAGCAAGGUCUUGGCCGACGUGGUCGAAGCUCUCAUCGGCGCCGGAUACAUGGACGGCGGACUGCCCAAGGCGCAGGCGUGCCUGCAUCGGUUCCUGCCGGAGAUUGAGCUCUUCACAAACAACAUUCCCUCGUUAGACGUCCCCACCGGGAAGGGCGUGAGUAAUCUCGUCGACCAGCAUUGCCUGGCUCGCCUUCUUGGAUACACCUUCACCGACGCGGCGCUCCUGACCGAAGCCCUGACCCACCCAUCGUGCGAACAUGACACCACCACGCAGUCCUACCAGCGAGUGGAAUAUUUGGGAGACGCCGUCCUCGAUAUGGUUGUUGUGGAUGCAAUCGCCGCACACCCUACUCAACUUCCGCAGGGCCAAAUGACGCUGAUCAAACACGCUGUGGUUAAUGCUAACCUCCUCGCAUUCCUGUGUAUGGAAUUUUCCAUCGAAGUAGACUCCAGCGAUGCUAAUCAAGGCCCUGGUGGUGAUAUCGGGCCGGUGCCUCUGCACAACCAGAUCAACCUCUGGCGCUUCCUCCGUUUCAACGGACCAGCCAUCAGAACGGCCCGCGAGGCGUGUCUCACACGGCAUCAUGCCCUCCGCCAGCAAAUCCAUGCGGCGUUACAGCAUUCCCCAGACUAUCCCUGGGAACUGUUCACGUAUCUUCACGCAGACAAGUUCUUCUCGGACACUGUGGAGAGCGUGCUGGGCGCUUUGUUCAUCGACUCGCGCGGGAACCUCGAGCUGUGUCGGGCAUUCGUCGAGAAGAUCGGUCUCUUGCAGUAUGUUCGACGGGUGAUCGCAGAUGGUGUCAAUGUCGUUCACCCGCGCAACACUGCCCAGAACAUGGUCAAAAGCGUGGGCAAUCUGAUCUUCAAUAGAAAGAGGAUGGAAGCCAAGACGGGGGCGACGUAUCGUUGCUCGGCGCUGGUGAACAAAGUUGAGAUUGCUGCGGUUGACGGCUGUGCCACGGGCGAAGAGGCCGAAGUGAAAGUGGCCCACGCGGCGAUUGCGUAUCUGAAGGCGCAGCAGGAAACCAUGGAGUGA